AUGCGUCCCGUGGCCCUGAGCACGCUGCCCAUGAACUCCCUGCUGCCGGCGAGCCGGAUGCCCGGGGCCAUCGACGGGAUGUGGUCCCCGGUCUCAGCCAGGUUGCGGUCGCUGCGCCGGCUGCUGAGCAGAGGCAAGCAGGCCGUGGUCGGCAUCUCCUACAGCCAUCGCCACGUUGGUGACAUCGAGCAGGGGCUCGCCGGAGCUGAGUCCUCCGCCCGCCCAAGACGCCGAAGAUGCCUCCGUCGGCGAACUGAUCCAGAUCCCCAAACAUGGCUCGGCUUUGGAGGUGAAGGCGAGGUCACGGGCAAUUGGCGACGUGGCCAGGGGCGAGUGCGGCAUGUACAGUGCUUGGCAAGGCGCAGCAGAGGUGAGGUGUUUCCAUUGGUAUUUGAAUUUGUUUCGCUGAAAACAGCAACCACUAAUGACGGCAUUUAUAAUAUGACAACUUUCACAAGAUUGAACACUGUUCUUUCAGCCGCCAGAAAUUUUAAAUAG